AUGUCGAAAUUCUACGAUGCCAUCAUCGCUGGUGCUGGCCCCGUAGGUCUCAUGAUUGCCGGCGAUCUCAGCGCAUCCGGGUUCUCGGUUUUAGUUCUCGAGCGCGACGAAGAUUUAAAGUCGCCGUGGAAGUCCCUACCGCUCGGCAUGCGCGCCCUCAACACACCAUCUGUCGAGGCGUUUUACCGGCGUGGCCUUCUUGAAAAACUAGGCUACUACCCGUCCGGGGCUGUAAAGAAUGCAGACAGUCUCUUCGCUGCCAAGAAAGACGGGUUCCAAUUUGGGGGGCAUUUUGCGGGACAGGCACUUGACGCCAACCAGCUUGACUUGUCCCUUUUCAAAUAUCGCAUACCCGGCUCUGUGAUGCGGCCUCUGCGAACCUCUGUUGAAGAUUUGGUCAGGGUGCUGGCUGAUCGAGCGCAGCGCUACGGCUGCGAGAUUCUUUUUGGCCAUACUGUCACAAGCAUAGUCGCGCGAAAUGACAACAUAACGGUGCAGGCAACAAAGGAGGGCAAAACGACAGACUUCUGUGGCAGAUGGCUUAUUGGCUGUGACGGCGGCAGGAGCGCGGUUCGCAAGGCCAUGGAAGUGGAAUUUAUCGGCACGGAGCCGAAGAUGACGGGCUAUAUCACGCAGGCCGAGAUCGAAGGCAUUGAGAAGCUGACCAAGGGAUUCACUCCAACAAAGGCAGGAAUGUACAUCGUGACAGGUUUUGGAAGCCUGGGCAUGCUAGAUUUCGACGGGGGUAGUUAUGAUCGCGGUCAAGAGAUAACCAACGAACAUCUACAAACGGUACUGCAUCGCGUUACGUGCCGGACGGAUGUUAGUCUUAAGAAUGUCGCGCGAACCAUGACAUUUACCGACCGCACAAUGCACGCCGCCACAUACCGAAAAGGCAGAGUUCUUCUCGCCGGAGAUGCAGCACACAUCCACUCGCCCCUCGGUGGACAAGGCCUCAAUCUCGGAUUGGGCGAUGCCAACAAUCUAUCGUGGAAGCUUGCCGCUACCAUCCGCCAAGAGAUCGCUAUAGCCACUAGAACAAUAGGCACUGAUUCAAACAUGGAAAUCGGCACAAUUCUUGACACUUCUAUUCUGGACAGCUACGAGACGGAACGGCGUCCAGUGGUGGACUCGGUUUUAGAGUGGACACGAGCGCAAAUCGUCACGUUGCAGCCGGAUGCCUUUGGCCGCUCUAUACAGAAUGUCAUUCGUGAUAUUCUAGCUACGAGUGACGGGAUGCACAUGUUUCUUGUCCGCGGAUGGGGGCUAUCGCAGCGAUAUACGCUUGGUGAAGGCGAGAGCACUGGCCAUGAGCUUAUAGGAUCUACAGCGCCCGACUUCGAGUUUGAUGACGGUGUGCGGCUCGGUGUCAAGUUGCAGGAUGGCAAGGCUUGGUUGGUGGACUUUGGUAACGAUACACAGCUGGCGCGACUGUUGCCUAGGUUCAAGAAUACAGUAAACUAUUGUACUAUUGGCGCCAAAGACACGCGAGGUUUAAAGGCUGUUCUAGUCCGGCCAGAUGGAGUUGUUAGCUGGGCGGCAGAGGGCACGAGUGCAAACUACAACGCAUUACAGGGUAUACUAGUUCAGUGGCUUAGUUACUAA